AUGGUGGUGCCGCCGCCGCCCUCCUGCCAGCCCAGCUGGCGGGCCGGGCUCGGGCUGCAGCCGAGGGGAGAACGGAGGGGAGGGCCCGGCGGCGGCGGCACAGGCUGCUGCUCCGCGGAGCCGCCGGCUCGGCUCUGGUGGAGGCGGCGCCGAAUUCGGCUGCGCGUGAGAGCCGCGCCGGGGGGUGGGGGGGGGGGCGGGAGGGGGAGGGGGACCGGAGCCGCCCCGCGGGGGGGGGCGGGGGAAGGAGGUGGAGGGAGCCGGCGCGGGGCCGACGUGGAGGAGCGGAGGGGGCGCUCCGGAGGAGGGGGGCCUGAGGAGGCGGGUGCGAGCCCCGUGUGGGGUGCGGAGACCUCGAGCUGGAAUUCAGGGAGGGGAGAUCCCCGAGCCGCCUCCACCGACCCCGCCCCGGGGCCGCUCACGUCGGUUCCGGGGCGGAUUACCCCUCUCCUAACGGCGCGGCACUGCGGCUCCGGGAGCCGGGAGAGGGGGAGGGGUCGGAGGCCACGGGUCCAGAAACCGUUACUGGGAAGGCAAGUGGGCUGCGGCAGCCCUGGGCUGGGUGGGGCCGGGGUGGUCGAACCCGAGACCCGCGUGGGAGUUGAGGGGCGCGAGGCUGGUGUCCUGGUUCGCGGGAGCCAGCGGAGCAGGGGCCCGGGAAGGGGCGCGCGAGCCCGGGGGACGGUAACCGCUGCUGCACGGGGAUUGCUCCGGGCCCUCUCAGAGCCUUCUCCCUCAAGGGCGCUCUCAGGGAUCCACCAGAGCCCUAAAAACCGAAGCCUCUGGAACCUAUAUCCUCCCUCUGUCCGUCUCGCCCCAGAAUCUUCCCUGCGUCCUCCUCGCCCCCUCCCUCCUGCAGAUAUUUCUCUUACCACCUGGGCAGCUGGGCAGUUGCCCCACCGUUUUGAGCAAAGUGGAGCUAUGAAGCCAGAAACCUACAAGGAUGUCCUGCUGGAGCUUGGCUUCAACCAGACGCAGUCUGCAUCAGGAGCUGCUGAUCAACCACUGAAGUUAACCUUCAACGCAACGAUGCGGCUGUUACGGUCAAACAGCAACUCCUCAAAGGAAGAGAAAUGUUUUUUCCAGGGAAAUGACUGAACAUGACUGACAGAUAUGAACAGAUACAACCCUCCCUGCAUCUUGGAAUUUGACUUUUAGCCCAUUAGAUUUGCAGUACUUGUCAGCCCCUUCCUCCUGUCCACUGGAACUCCCAAACGUAGCCCUUCCCAGCUAGGCCAACAAUAUGAAAUUGUACUCUGAAAGAUACUGAAAUGCAAAACCAAGAGUUAUAAACUGCAGCUAUA